UUUCAUUUGUAGAGAGAGCUUUUCUUAUCUACCGCACAACUCUCUCUCUCUCUCGCUCUCGCUCUCGCUCUCGCUUCUGCUCUUCUCCCGUCGUCACCCAUUCGAUAACGGGGAGUGUAGUAUGGCUCUUAUACAAUUUGGAAGCUCAUCAUGUGUUGCUCAGUGGGGGAUUCGUCGUCCUCAGGUUGCUGUCAAGGCUUCUUUUUAUCCAACCAGAUUAGAAUCUCACCAAGACAACAGUUGUUGUAUCAGCCAAAUAAAUUGUUUGGGAGCUUCACAGUCGAGUAUGUUCUCACAUGGCUCCUUGCCCUUCUUGUCACUUGUAACGGGGCAGUCCCGUAAUACACAUUCUCGUAGAGGUGCUCGCUUCACAGUUAGAGCCGAUACUGAUUUCUAUUCUGUCCUUGGAGUCUCCAAAACUGCAACCAAAGCUGAGAUUAAAAGCGCUUAUCGGAAGCUCGCUAGGAGUUACCAUCCAGACGUGAACAAGGAUGCUGGGGCAGAAGAGAAAUUCAAAGAAAUAAGCAAUGCAUAUGAGAUCUUAUCAGAUGAUGAGAAAAGAUCUCUAUACGACAGGUACGGCGAGGCAGGAGUUAAAGGCGCAGGAAUGGGAGGCAUGGGGGAUUACAGCAACCCCUUUGAUCUAUUCGAGUCACUAUUCGAAGGAAUGGGUGGCAUGGGAGGUGGAAUGGGCAGCAGAGGCGGCUCAAGAAGCAGAGCCAUCGACGGCGAAGACGAGUACUACUCCCUAAUCCUGGACUUCAAAGAAGCCGUCUUCGGCAUCGAGAAAGAGAUAGAGAUCUCCCGGCUAGAGAGCUGCGGGACCUGCAACGGCUCAGGAGCCAAAGCAGGAACCAAACCGACCAAAUGCAAAACAUGCGGCGGCCAAGGCCAAGUCGUAGCUUCAACAAGAACACCCCUCGGCGUCUUCCAGCAAGUCAUGACUUGCUCUCCCUGCAACGGCACAGGAGAGGUUUCAAAACCCUGCGGUGCUUGCUCGGGAGACGGACGCGUGAGGAGGACUAAAAGGAUCAGUCUCAAGGUUCCAGCUGGUGUUGAUUCAGGGAGCAGGUUGAGAGUGAGAGGAGAAGGGAACGCAGGGAAGAGAGGAGGAUCGUCUGGAGAUCUGUUUGCUGUUAUUGAAGUGAUUCCUGAUCCGAUCUUGAAGAGGGACGAUACGAAUAUAUUGUACACGUGUAAGAUAUCGUAUGUGGAUGCGAUCUUGGGGACGACUCUGAAGGUUCCGACGGUUGAUGGGACGGUGGAUUUGAAAGUACCCGCGGGGACGCAGCCGAGCACGACGCUGGUGAUGGCAAAGAAGGGAGUUCCGGUGUUGAACAAGAGUAAGAUGAGAGGGGAUCAGUUGGUGAGAGUGCAGGUUGAGAUACCGAAGAGGUUGAGUAAGGAGGAGAAGAAACUUGUUGAGGAGCUUGCUGAUAUGAGCAAGAACAAGGUAGCUAAUAGCAGGAGAUAAAAAGAUUCAUCAUCAUCAUCAUCAUCAUCCUCUGCUUUGUCAUCUUUCUAUUGGUUCUUCUAGUGAUGAAGAAGAAAAGACUUACUAGGUGAGAGGAAAAUUGAAGAAGACUUUCUUUGGUUUUUUCCUCUAUAAUUUUUGUUUUUUUGUCUUGCUUAUACUUUUUAAAAACAGGCUUUCAUGGUGGGAUUGAUCAGGGCUCAGAAUAGGUCUUGUUUGUAUUUGUACUGCUAUUCAUAUAUUUUAAUCUUCUUCUUUUUUUGAUU